AUGGAUGAGGGAUUAAUAGGAUGUAGAGUACACUUUGCCGCAAUUGAUCAACGUCUCCCUCGCGGCCUUCAGCUUGUCCCGUCGCUUCCGGAGGAAAAGAAUCUCGACUGCAACAGAAGCGCCAACAAAAACCUGGACUUACAAUUAGCACCAUCUGUUGCCCAGUCUUGGGAUACGGCCUUGACCCAGUUCUUCUUCGAUCAAAUCUUGAUGCCCGUGGGUUGGUACUCGCACUUACCGCAGCUUCACUACCAAGCACCGCCCGAUAGUUGCAUAAGAGUCACCAUCUCCGCAGCUUCGUUUUUUGUGGCCGCCAACCAGUUCCACGAUACCGGAAUGUUGCAGAAGGCUAGGCGCACGUACGGAGCUGCACUGCAGGCUAUCAACGGCUCAAUAGCUCACCCCGAGAAAUGCCUGGAAGACGAGACGCUUGCCUGUGUUUUAUUGCUGCACGUCCUGGAUCAUCUAGCCGGGCAUAGCAGUGUCCCGAGCAUGUCGCAUUUGAAUGCAUGUGCGCAGCUAGUAAAAAUGCGCGAGGCGAAGGGGUUCCGGACACGACGCACGCAUGACUUGGCGCAUUCUGUUGUCAUUCAGGCACAGCCGUGGCUCAUGCAGGGGCUUACUGUGGAUGAAGGCACUCUUGGAGAUGAGGCUAUUCACAAGUGGUUAUGGAUGCUGACUUGCCAGACACCAGCAGCCAGGAUGGCGGCUUUGAGUCUUGAAGUCGGAAGACUACGGAAUCGCGCUACCCGGCUCCUCACACAUGGCAUGCAUGGAAUCCCGAGCCUGAUCCAUUCUUUAGACCAACUAAUUGAGGACAUUGUUAGCCUAGAGGCGAGGAUUGAGGAUUGGCAGACGCAUUGCGAGCCAAGGUGGGUUCAAAUGAAAACAAAGUUGCGUACACCAAACGGUGAAGAGAUGCAGGCAAGCUACUACUCCGACAUUCAAGUCUCCAAGGUUUGGAACUACUGGCGAGUCUCACGCAUUACACUACACAGCAUGAUGAUCAGCCUUGUUGACUACGGAAAAUCACAUCAGAUAUCUAUACCGAGUCGGAACUUGGACGCCUUGAAAGCCAACUCGGCGCAGAUCAUCAACAGCAUGGUUUCGGAGAUAGUAGCGAGCGUUCCAUUUCACCUUCAGCAAAUUGAUACAAGAGGCCGACCAAGCACGCAGCGAAGUCAACGGGUCCUUGGAGGGUUUGCUCUCAUCUGGCCAUUACAAAUGCUGCUCAGUUGUAAAUGGAGCUUGACGUGUCAUAAGACUGUGGCGGUGGAGACGUUGCAUGUCAUUAGUAACGUCUUUGGAAUCAGUCAAGCGCGACUGUUUUUGUAG